ACUGAUUGGGAGAGUAAAACUGGAGGAUGGUGGAGCUACAUUCAUGCCCAGGAAUGGGUAAUGCAUCUGCAUUGUGUACUAUAGAGGACCGUGUCGGGAAGGCGGAGAGAGAGAGUGUCGAUCACAUCGUGGCACAGAUUUCAGCUGAACUACAGCGAGAGAGGAUCAAGAAUGCCGAACUCAUGGAGAGAAUUUCUGAACUUGAAACUCAAAUAAGGGUCAAUCAAAAUAAAGCUCUUGUCCAAGACAAAGAGGGUAGUCGGAGAAAAGCACCGAGGCAAAGGUACAAAGAGUCCAAAAGACAAAAGGCAGGUGAAUUCGAUGGUAGGACUGAAAAUGGACUAACUGUUGGUGGUAAAUCGGCUUCUCCAGUUGGGCAAGAUUAUCAGUGUGUGCUGCCAAAGUAUGAAAGCACCGAACAUGGCAUGGUCUAUCAGAUGAGUAUGGAACAUACACGCAUGUUGGGUUUUGAAAAUUUGAAAGAUGGUGACGACAGCGAUGACUUUGAUAAUGUGGAUGAAGCCAACGAUGAAGAUGACAAUUACCAUGGUGAAGAUGGCGUUGACAUUCACAAUGCUGAAGAGAACUCAAGAACUAACAAUGAUAUAAUAGCCAAGAAAGUGCAGGUAAUGGCGGUGGAUACUCCAAAAUCCAAUCUUUGCUUACAGGAGAUUGGACAGGUUCAGGACAUGUCGAAACUCGGUGAACUUGAGAACGAAGAAGUCAAGACCGAAGAUUGCAAAGAACAGGUAGAGGUACAUUCAUCUGGAUAUUAUGCCUGUCAUGCAGGGUCUGGAAGCAUACAGCAGCGCAGGAGUUCCACGAAGGUCGCUUUCUGUCCUAAAGAAGUUAGAAGGAUUGUCGAGCUGGAAGCCCUGCAAGAAAAAAAUGCGCAGUCUCAUACGAUGAGAAAGAUCAUUGUUUUCGCGUCCCUCGGAAUAAAGCACGGGUGUGAAGAUAUGUACGAGCUGGAUUUCGACCAUUUUAGUAUUCUGAGGAAGGGUGAACCCUUUGUCUCUCUGCAAAGUCCCGGGGAGCACGUUUUAUAUGAAAAUCCCGGCAUCCGCAGAAAGGUCUUCUAUCCAAAUAGACAGAACCCGACAUUGUGUCCUGUCCAAACACUAGAGGAAGAGAAGGCCAUGCGUCCAUCUGACCAAAGCUGCCCGUCAUCCUUAUUCCUCUGCAUCAAAUAUGGAGGGAGGACUAGAAAUCUUCCCCAAAACGAAUACGUCAGGCAGCGGAUGGGAAAGAACAAGCUGAAAUCCUUCGGGCCGCUUAUGUGCAAAAUGGCGAUGUUGGUCCAUGUUCGCAGCGGGAGUUUCUUCUUUAAGGCCCUUGGCAUAACGCUGUUGUUCAUGGCUGGUUUCACUGAUCACCUGAUUCAAAAGGAGACCAAAAACAGAAGCUUGGGCUUGCUCCAAAAGUACUACAGGAAGGAUGAGGAUGCUGAAGGAGAGAAAUUGUUUCUUGAACUUACAGAAACCUCCGACACGCAAGCUGCCCUCAAGUUGGACCAAUCUACUACCAAGAAAGCCUCAACAAAAUUCAAACCCAAAAGGCAUAGUCAUGCUGCGCAUGAGCCUUCAAAUUCUGAAAGAUCAUCAGGUUAUCCGCAAUCAGGAGCCACGAGCUGUGCUCCUCAAUUUGGAUUAGUCGGCUAUAACUCUAUCCACACUCAAGCACCGGGAGCAGAUAAAGCUUCGAGUUUGAAACCAGCAAUCAACAACUAUGCUAGUAACAUGUCAUACUCAAAUCCAACUACGUGUCAUAUGUUCCCACCCCACCAGCCCGCAAACGGUUUCAUUCCUAUGAUGUGUUGGCCUCACCCUGGCACAUAUGCUUAUGCCCCGUUUCCAUCUUCGGCAAGUUAUUUCCCUGUUCAUCCACGCAGUUGCUACACCUAUCCUCCUUCGCGCGAUUUUUUCCCGAAGACAGUCAGAGGCACGGGAAAGACCGAUGCAGUCUCAGGGGAAUCUGGUGAUGAUUCUGGAAGCAGUUCGAGCAGUUCAUAGCUAAAAGAAGUGCUAUUAAAACCAAUUCUAGCUGCCACGACUUGUUUGGGAAAUGCGCUGCUGCAGUUAAAGAAAUGUACUGGGAUUUACAAGGUUCAUCCCUCCUUUGUGCAGGUGUGUUGUUCAGAUUUGUGUAUAUGCCAGAGACUGUUUCUUUCUCUGUUGUAGCAGUAAUCGGCUUAAUAAUCAGUAGAAUCAAUGAGCCGACAUUAGCGAAAAAUUUCCUACCAUCCUGGAUCCGUGAAGCUAACAAGGGAGGGCAAUGCUCCAAUGUCUGUUCUACUGGAUGGCCUAUAUCAAUCUCUAAAUAAUGUGGAAUGUACUUCAAAAACUCUCUCUCUCAAGGUUCAUGGUCCACACCUUCUGUAUUGGUACCCUCCAUUUUUGUCCAGUGUCAUAAUUCAGCACUAACUUCCAACCAAAACUUGUAAUAUUGCAGGAGGAUACACAACAUAAUUUAUGCUGAUCCAUGGGAAUCUUAUCCUUUUUUAGGUUCCCCUCACUUUCUUUGCCCCAUGUGUUCUAGUUGAUUGUACAUCUUUGUUUGUUUCAUUUUGCCACCUAUGGGGGACCAUUUGAAUUCAUUAUACUUGAAGGGUGAUGAACCACUCUUUCUUGAAAACCCAGUUUGCUUCCAUCAUCAUGAAGAUAGAGGAAAAAAGGAAAGCAGCAUUCAAAAGUAGAUCGAUAGAUACAUCAACACUCUAGAAUAUGCAUCAUACACCACCACAGAUAUAACACAACAGCCCACAAUCACUAUGCCAACUUAGAGCAGAAAACAAAUGCA